AUGGCUGCAACAGAUCUGCAACCAGACAGUGGGUAUUCCUGGCACUUGCUUGGAGACAUUGACAUCCUCAAAUCAAAACCUUGCCGUAAAGUUUUUAUGCAAGGAGGUACGGUUUUAGCUUUGUUUUAUGUUGCCCCUGAUCGGUUCUUCCUAACUAACGCCAGCUGUCCACAUGCCAGGGGACCACUGGAUCAGGGCGACAUAGAGGAGGUGGAUGGAGCAGUAGGUAUUGUGUGUCCUCUUCACUAUUACAGGUUUGACCUCAAAACAGGGACAUCAUCUUCUGGACUCGUUCUCAAGACUUACAGGACAGAAAUAAGAGAUAACUGUCUGCAUGUAUUGACUCCACUUCCCGUUUCUUUAAACAGGGAAGGAAAUGAAAUGCAAAAGUAA